GCCACUUGUGAAGACUUGUGCGAGCCGCUAGUAAACUUUAGGAUUAGAGCCUUCUUGAAGAUUCCAGAAUGGGCGAAUCCCCGUCAUCACGACUAGGCGUCAAAUUCCCAAGUCGACGUCCAAAAGCUUGACCCCGCGACAACUCUGAAUUUAUCAACUUGGCGCUGAAUACUCAACUCUUUUUUUAUUCCAAUAGAGCAUAAUAGUCGCGCAUUUAACUCGAACUGCAACAAACGAACAAACUCACUCAUCAUGGAUGACAAGCGUCUCAACGAGCUCCUCAAAUGGAGCAUCGAACACUCGGAAACCACGACAAACGAUCCCCAGGCCGCGCCGCCCACCAGCGACCUCACCCCCGAGCUCAUGGCCGCGAUCAUGGGCGGGCCCUCGGACGCAGAUUUGAUGAAGGCGUCCAUGGAGAUCAUCACGUCCUCCGAUGCAGAGCAGGUCUCGCUCGAGGACAAACUCAUCGCCUUCGACAACUUCGAGCAGCUCAUCGAGGGCCUCGACAACGCCAACAACAUGGCCAACCUCAGCCUGUGGACGCCACUGCUCGAACAACUGCGCCACGAUGAGCGCGAGAUGCGCAAGAUGGCCGCCUGGUGCAUCGGCACCGCCGUCCAGAACAACGAGCGCACCCAGGAGCGUCUGCUGGCCAUGGGCGAGCACGGUGUGCCCCAGCUAGUCCACCUCGCCACUCACGAGGAUGAGCACGAGGAGGUGCGCCGCAAGGCCGUGUAUGCGCUCAGCUCUGCUUGCCGCAACUACCAGCCCUCCAUGGACCUCUUCGCCGAAGAGUUGACUAAGAAGGGCCACGCUACUGGCAAGGUUGAUGCGACCGACAUGGAGGCAGUGGACGUCGUCGUCCAUGGACUCCGCGACAAGAUUAAGAAGGCGUAAAGAGAUGCCAAUGGCAACGCAUGAUGAACAAACGCAUUGGGACGGAGUUGGGGCGUCGAUAUCCGGAACACAUAUAGAUGGUAGGAGGGAGGGAAGGAAAAGUUUUGUAUGGAGGAUUAGCAACUCCUCGUUUUGAAAUGCCCAUUUAUGAUACAUA